AUUGAAGAGCCACUACUUUUUAUAAAUAGUCGAACUUCUUGAAAAAAAUAAGACGAGAGUCCAUUUCUAAGCCUAACAGACCAUGCCAUGAUUGCCCAUGUAACAAAACAACGAAAAUAAGCAGCAAAAAUCCUGUCAAGCAACUAGCAAUCAAAGAAAGGGAACAACAUACCCCCCCCCCCCCCCCCCUAUUCUAGGAAACUAACCUGCCAAAUCAAGAUCCUUCAACAUGGCCGCAUCCAUUGAAGAGUCCCUAUCGAUGUUGAGGCUGUCAAAGGCACAAAAUUUGGCCGUAAAUAUCCUCCCCCACUGCUCAUUAGAGACCCUCUAGGCAAAAGCUGUGUUUAUCUAUCGGCAAAAUCUUCUUUCUCGUCUUCUUUGACAAAGCUGACAUCUCGUCUUCUUUGACUAGCAAUCAAAAAUCUCGUCUUCUUUGAAUGCGUUGAAUCUCUUUUGCAUUUUGAGGGAGGGAAAAGGCAGGUACAAUGCUGCAGAGAGCAGCAAGCAAUGCAUAUUCAUGGUGGUGGGCAAGCCACAUCAGGACAAAACAUUCAAAAUGGCUGGAAGAAAACCUCCAAGAUAUGGAGGAAAAGGUUAAUAACAUGCUCCAAAUCAUUGAAAAUUCGGGGGACACCUUCGCUCAAAGAGCUGAGAUGUACUACAGAAGGAGGCCAGAACUUAUAAACCAUGUGGAAGACUCUUACCGGGCAUAUCGAGCAUUGGCAGAGAGAUUCGAUCAUCUGUCAAAAGAGCUGCAAAGUGCCAACCGCACCAUUGCCACUGUCUUCCCAGAACAAGUUCAGUUUGCCAUGGAUGAUGAUGAUUUUGAAGAAAGUGAUCCCACAAUAUUCGUAUCUGAUGAUCCCAACGAAGCACACAAGGUCUCCAAAGCAAAUAUUCCAAAGGUACCCAGCAUGCCAAAGAAAGAUUUCAGAAGCCAAACAAUGUUAUUGUCCAGAAAGGGGCAGCAGCUAAAUAGAACUGCUAGCUCUGCUAAAGCCAAUGUGCCUCCAAGUUCAGGCCUUAGCCGAGAAGAGGCUGCAGAGAAAACUGAUAAGCUUCAGAAAGAAAUUCUGGCACUACAAACGGAGAAGGAGUUUGUACAAAGCGUAUCUGAACGAUGUCAAGCUAAGUGCGGGGGAAUUGAAAAUCAGAUAACUGAAAUGCAAGUGACAAUCAGCGGUUUACAAGAUGAGUUUGGUAUCAGCAAUGUUAUUGAUGAUAAUGAAGCCCGAACUUUGAUGGCUGCCACUGCUCUAAAAUCAUGUAAGGAUACUUUGGUUAAGUUGCAAGAGAAACGGGAGCUAUCAGCUGAAGAGGCUAAAGUAGAGAACCGAAGGAUUAAGGAAGUCCAGCAGAAGUACGUAGCCCUUAAAGGUGAGUUUCUUUCUGACCAAUCAGAUCUGCUGGAGCCUGCUGAUGAACAGGAGGCUGAAUCAGAAGAUAUAGAUCCAAAUGAUACGAAUUUGUUGCGAGAGAAGAUUAAAGGUGAGCUGGAAGCAGAUUUAAAAUCAUCCCACACUGUGAUGCAACUGGCCGAGAGAAUUGAUGAACUAGUUGAGAAGGUUGUGAAUUUGGAAACUGCAGUCUCUUCUCAAGAUGCUCUGGUAAACAGACUAAAAUCUGAUUCAGAUGAGCUCCAGACACACAUCAAGACUUUAGAAGAGGAUAAGGCGACUCUGAUGGAAAAUUCAGAGAAAAUGAGCAACAAGCUAAGAGAGUUGGAAGAGGAGUUGCGUAGAGUGAAAUGCCUCAACGAAAACAUCAAAGAUCAAAACAAAAACCUUCUAACACGUUUAACUGAAGCAAGUUGUGCCAUUGAUCAUUUGUCAGUAAAGUUACAAACAGUGAAACCAGACAAGGAAGUUGAGAAAGAAGAAUCAAUCCAAGAAUCAGGAGCUGCUGUUGAUGUCAAAGCAGGCAGGGGGGUCGAAGAACAAGAAGAACAUCUGGCUUCUUUCAAUGAUGCAUUUGUAUCGAAGGCCAUGGAAAUGGAAAAGGAAGGGAGGAAAGAUGAUGUUCCUGCUGUCAAUAGUUCUAUCAAAGCAGAGGAAUCUGGACCAAACCAAAAGCUCACUGCCAUAACUGAUGAUCAUGUCCCAACAAAUGAUCAGAGAGAUUUGCAUGAGGAAGAAAAUGAUCUUGCUGCUCGGCUAGAGGAACUGGGAAUAGAUGAAGAGGAUCAACCCAACUGGAGGCAGUUGUUGGCGAGUGGGUUAGAUGACAGGGAAAAGCUUCUGCUGGAAGAGUAUACUUUGGUCCUCCGGAAUUAUACUGAAGUAAGAAAGAAGCUCGGUGACGUUGAGAAGAAAAAUCGGGACGGUUUCUUUGAAUUGGCAUUGCAGAUUAGGGAAUUAAAGAAUGCUCUUGCCGUAAGGGAUGAAGAGAUCCAAUCUUUGCGUGAAAUGAGCUCUCACCAACAAAAUCUCAAUGAAAAUAAUGAUGGUGAUUCGACAAAAUAUAAGUACUCACAUGCAGAAGGUUCUCCCGACCUUAUGACACAAGCAGCUAGCUUCCUGGAUUCAAAUCUUUCAUCUCCAAGUUCACCUCCGCGGCCAGUUUUUGACUCAGAGCACGAACAUCAUGUAGAAGCCAGAGGAAGAAUUGGUGAAUUAGCUGUAUCUGGAGGUAAUAGAAGGUACUCUGCGAAAGAGGUUAGCAAUGUGAUCAAGAUGAAACGUGCAAAUUCACCCCAUGUUCCUUCAGCUGUAGAAGAAAAGAUCCGUUCAGAUAUUGAUGGACUGCUGGAGGAAAAUCUGGAGUUCUGGUUGAGGUUUAGCACCACGUUGCAUCAGAUACGAAAGUUUCAAACUUCAGUCCAUGACUUAAAGGUGGAGCUAUCAAAAGUAAGAGAUAAAACAAGGCGAGAUGGAAAUGAUAAGAGUCAAUAUAUCAUCUCAGAGACUCGGCCAAUAUUCACACAUUUGAGAGAAAUACAAACUGAACUAACAUUAUGGCUGGAGAACAAUUCGGUAAUGAUAGAUGAAAUGCAUGCUAGACAUGCAUCUUUAUGCAAUAUUCAAGAUGAGCUGUUGAGAGUUUCCAAUCCAAGUUCCAAAGAAGAAGAGGCUGAGCUAAGUGAAUAUCAAGCAGCUAAGUUUCAAGGUGAGAUUCUCAACAUGAAACAGGAAAGCAACAAGGUUGCAGAUGAGCUGCAAACCGGUCUGGAUCGUGUGAGAGGACUCAAGGUUGAAGUUGAAAGGCUACUCACAAAACUGGACGAGGAGCUCGGGAUUUCAGCAUCUAAAAAUAGGAGUUCAUCACACAAAGCUAGAAUCCCCUUGCGCUCUUUCUUGUUUGGUGUCAAGUUAAAGAAACUCAAGGGACAAAAGCAGUCAAUCUUCUCAUGCGCAAGCCCUGCACUGCAGAAACAAUAUAGUAUGUUCGAGGAUGGAAAACCCCCACAACACCACUGAAGAUUGGAUUGUUACUUUUCCAUUUUCCUUUCGUUUUUCAUUUUUUCAUUUGGCUUGCCUGUCGUAGUAUUAGAUACUUCAAAUAGAACUUGAAGCUACACUACGAGUUCCUUGUUAAUUUUUCUGACCCACUGGGUAAAAUUGAAGUAACUAGUCAAAAUAUUUUUACUAAGCAA